CUCCGAAACGUUACGAGGCAUUGAUUCAUGCCUUUAACAAUCGUCUUAACUCCAUUAACCCACUCUUUCCUUUAUAUCACAUUCAUGUCCCUUUUCCUUCCACUCGGUUAAUCUGGAGCUGUAAAUAGGUUAGUUUGUAUCCGUAAAUUUCAUCAUUUAAUUUCUCACAAUAAUAUUGAAACAAAAACCAUUCACAGAGUACUAUUUCGAACUUCUCUCUCCUCCUUGCUGAUUGAAAAGUGGCCGCUGUAUCACCACCGUAGAAGUGCGUCUGCUGGAUUUUUGGGAGGCCAGCAAUGUGAAGAGAGGCGGCUACUGCUCCUCGAGCUAGGGUAAGUCUCGAGCCCUAACUUCUUCUUUGUUCUGUCUUGACGACAAAAAAAAUCUUCAAACGUAACAGAGGGAAUCUGAAUCGAACUGUCGUCUUCAAGUGUAAUUUUCGGCCUUAAAAAGGCGGAAGUAAUGAGUCACAAUCCUCGAGAAGUUGUUGUUCCUGUUGUUGGAGGACAUGCAAUAGUUACAAUCUUGCCUCUGCUUUCUCAGGUGAAACCUCCUUGCUCUUUCACUCAAAAAGAGAUUGAGUACCUCACAGACCGUAUGGAAAAUGGUGGCAUUGAAGUUGUCAAGGCGAAAGCUGGUGCAGGUUCUGCGACACUAUCCAUGGUAGAUCUUUAUUGUGACAUGUGCAGUUUCAGAUUUUACAUUUUGAAUCUUAUAUCUCAUCACACUGAAUGUAAAAUACAACGCAGCAGUGAAGUCUGCAGAUGCUUGCCUCAAGGGUCUACGAGGUGACUGAGCUUCCCUUCUUCGCAUCAAAGGUGCGUCUAGGAGGAUGUGGGGUCAAUGAAGUGUACCGUCUCGGACCAUUGAAUGAAUACGAGAGGAUGGCACUGGAGAAAGCAAAGAAAGAGCUUGAGGGAGUAUUGCGAAAGGUGUUAGCUUUGUGUAGAAGUAAAGACAGUUGAUAAACACUUAGUUUUAUCUUUUGAAUAGUGAUUUGUUUUGAAUAAGAACAAUGCCUUGCAAUUAAAGCUUGAUUUUGA